AUGUGCCACGACGAUCAGGGCCACUUCGCACUUGAUAAGACUUUAGAAAAGGUUAGGGAAAAUUACUGGUUCUCCGGAAUGAGUCGGUUCGUCUCCAAGGCAAAUGGACAAUGUGAGCGAGUAAAUCGGACUCUUUUGAAUUCGCUCGCCGCUACUAGUGCAGGGUCGCCGGAGGACAAGUGGGACCAGUAUGUUAAGCAGGUCCAAAGUGCGAUUAAUAACGCUAUUAAUCGUACGAUUCAAAAGAGUGCGGCACAAUUACUUUACGGGUUCAAGCCUUGUAGUGUAGCGGAUUCGGCACUGAUCGCCGGAAUUCAGGCGUCCCUGGACCAGGUGGGCCUCCGAGAGCUUCGCAAGGAAGCUAAACGAGCCAUGGAUGCCGAGCAGGUUCGGCAGAAGGCGCAGUUUGACGCUAAGAGAUGCAAGGCGCCACGCUAUGACGUAGGAGACGUUGUAAUGGUGGCUGCCAAUUUAGCGGCGACGGGACAGAGUCGAAAAUUGGUGGUCAAGGCCAAGGGGCCAUUUAAGGUAACGGCUGUACUUCCCAACGACCGGUACGAGGUUCGGUUGAGGAAGGAAAACACGGUCGGGGUCGGAGUCGAGGUCGACCGACGCGAAGCCAAGGUUCGACCAUAUUAG